GGUCAUGACGCGUCAACAAUCAACAUAAACUUGACUUCUUGUUUCCUUUUUGUAACUUUGCUAUAUUCACAUUAAAUACUGCACUGCAGCCUUAUACAGAAAUUCAGAAAAUCAAACAAUGUCAUCUAGCUCAGCAAACCCAAUCGAUCAAGAUCCCAAAGCAAAAGCCUUGAACAGCUACAAAAGAAGACUUUUGGAACAUCGAGAAUUAGAUGCUAAACUCAAAGAAAUGCGUCUUGGACUACGAACUCUUGACAAGGAGUUUGAUAAGUCAGAAGACGACAUUAAGGCCUUACAAAGCGUUGGUCAAGUCAUUGGAGAAGUUUUGAAACAAUUGGAUGAUGAACGCUUCAUUGUCAAAAACACAAGUGGUCCUCGUUAUGUCGUAGGAUGUCGCAAUACUGUUGAUAAAGAAAAAUUAAAGCAAGGUGCUCGCGUGGCACUGGAUAUGACUACUCUUACAAUUAUGCGUAUUCUACCACGUGAAGUUGAUCCCUUAGUAUAUAACAUGUCAAUGGAAGAUCCUGGUGACAUCAGUUUCGCUGGUAUUGGUGGUCUUUCAGAACAAAUCAGAGAACUCAGAGAGGUUAUUGAAUUACCUUUGAUGAAUCCCGAAUUAUUCUUACGAGUGGGUGUCAAGCCACCAAAGGGUGUUUUAUUAUACGGUCCACCAGGCACAGGAAAGACGUUAUUAGCGAAAGCAGUAGCAAGCACAUUACAAGUUAAUUUCUUAAAAGUUGUAUCCAGUGCAAUUGUUGAUAAAUAUAUUGGUGAAAGUGCAAGGUUGAUCAGAGAAAUGUUUGGAUACGCAAAAGAGCAUGAACCGUGUAUUAUUUUCAUGGAUGAAAUUGAUGCUAUCGGUGGCCGUCGUUUCUCAGAAGGUACCUCUGCCGAUCGUGAAAUUCAACGUACUCUAAUGGAAUUGUUGAAUCAAAUGGAUGGUUUCGAUUAUCUCGGUCAAACAAAAUUGAUUAUGGCUACAAAUCGUCCUGAUACAUUAGAUCCUGCUUUAUUAAGACCUGGACGUCUUGACCGUAAAAUCGAAAUUCCUUUACCUAAUGAACAAGGUAGACUGGAAAUUUUGAAGAUUCAUGCAGGCAACAUUACAAAACAUGGUGAUAUAGAUUAUGAAGCUAUCGUUAAACUCUCAGAUGGUUUUAACGGUGCUGAUUUAAGAAAUGUUUGUACAGAAGCUGGUAUGUUUGCAAUCAGAGAAGAACGUGAUUACUGUAUUCAGGAAGAUUUCAUGAAAGCAGUGAGAAAAUUGCAAGAUGCGAAGAAACUGGAAACAAAGUUAGACUACGAGAAGAUUUAAUUGCAGUGUCAUUAUAUUAUAUAAUAAAAAAAAGGGAACAAAGGCA